AUCACACACAUAAUAAAAUAAAAUAAUCAAGAAAACAUAAAGAGAAUCACAAAUUAACCUUCUUCGCGUUUGAAGUUUCCAUUCUCAGGUUUCAAUCCAAAAUUCCCUCUUUCUUUCUCGUGUACAUUGAUCGAUCUUCAAGUUUCGUCAUCUGGGUCUUGUAAGUUUCGAUCUUUCUAAUGGAUUCUGAGGGUAGGUGAUCGAUUAGGCUUUUGGAAUUGUACCGGUGUGAAAGCUGUUUGGUUCUUGAUUCUGGGUUUGAUAAUCGGUAGAGAGAUUUGAAUUUAGGGGUUUCUUCUUGAUUCUGUAACGAUGGCGGAUGCUGUGUCUUUGGUGGGUCAUCGGCCUUCGAUCGCGAGGAUCUCUGUCUUUGAUAAGAUGCAGAGAUCCCAGAACACGGUUCGAUUCAGGGUUGUCUUUGAUAAGAUGCAGAGCGUGGUAAAGAAGCCAAUCAGGGCUCUCGCUAUGGAGCUGACGAAGGAGAUGCCUGCCUUUAAGAAGAAAGACGGGAGGAAGCUACCGAGGACUUGGAACUAUCUCGACUCCGGCUCGGUUGAUAAACCCGGUUUGUGGCCUCCUGAGAACAAAGCCGACAAGCCUUCCUUGCAUAACCCUCUGCUACGGCAGGAGCGUAUGGGCUGCGGUUGGUUGGGUGCCAUCUUUGAGUGGGAAGGGGUUUUGAUUGAAGACAGUCCUGACCUUGAGACCCAGUCUUGGCUUACGUUAGCUCAGGAGGAAGGUAAGUCUCCUCCUCCGGCUUUUAUCCUCAGACGCAUCGAAGGGAUGAAGAACGAGCAAGCUAUCUCCGAGGUUCUGUGUUGGUCGAGGGACCCUGCGCAAGUUAGGAGGAUGGCUUCGCGGAAAGAAGAGAUCUUCAAGGCUUUGCAUGGAGGAGUGUAUAGACUCAGAGACGGGUCACAGGAGUUUGUCAAUGUCUUGAUGAAUAACAAGAUCCCCAUGGCUUUGGUCUCCACCCGUCCUCGCGAGACGCUGGAGAAUGCCGUUGGUUCCAUAGGGAUCAAGAAGUUCUUCAGUGUCAUAGUUGCGUCUGAAGAUGUUCACAGAGGUAAACCGGAUCCUGAGAUGUUUGUCUACGCAGCGCAGCUUCUUGAUUUCAUACCCGAACGGUGCAUCGUGUUUGGAAACUCGAACCAGACGAUAGAGGCGGCUCAUGACGGGAAGAUGAAGUGUGUGGCUGUGGCUAGUAAGCAUCCGAUGUAUGAGCUUGGAGCGGCUGAUCUGGUGGUGAGGAGGUUGGAUGAGCUAUCUGUUAUUGAUUUGAAGAAGCUUGCGGCUGUUGAACUGACGGAGUUCGAACCAGAGUUGGAGAUGGAGAAGGAAGAUGAGCGUGAGCUGCCUUCAUCUAAUGUAGCGGUUGAUGAUUUCUUCUGAUGGGAGUGGUCUUCUGUAAUGUUGUACAGUUUUAUGGAUUUGGAUUCUUCCUCGUGUAAUUCGUAUUCACAAAAUGUUAUAGUUUCUGUGUAUAAUUGGAACAGGUUAAAUGGAAAAAAUAUAUAAAUGCAACUCAUACGUAUA